AUGUCGACCCACCUUCAGCCGAGGCAGGUGGGAUUCGGGACGCCACUGGGCUGCGAGGCGGCGAUACACGCCACCCGCUCUUUUGCGAUGGGCCAUGAGGGUACAGAUACAGUGGUCGUCAAAAUAGAUAUUAGAAACGCUUUUAACAGUGUGGAGAGAGAUAUUAUUUUGUCGGAAAUUUUGGAAAAUGUGCCAUCCCUGUACCCCUUUGUCUACCAGUGUUACUCGGUCCCCAGUAAUCUUUACUACGGUGAAAAUUCCAUCUUAUCGCAGGUGGGUGCUCAACAGGGCGAUCCUCUGGGGCCUUUAUUGUUCUGUUUGGCUAUCCAGAAAAUCAUAUCAUCAUUGGACUCACCAUUGAAUGUCUGGUACCUAGAUGAUGGCACUAUUGGCGGAAGUCCAGAAGUGGUUUUGCAAGAUUUAAAGAGACUCGGAGUAGCUUUGAAAGCUGUUGGUCUAGAAAUAAAUCCAAAUAAGUGCGAGUUAUUUAAUUGUGGAUUUAUUAACGCGGACGUACUAGAAAAUUUGAUGGUUCUUUUGCCGGGCAUCAAGCAGCUGGAUAGGUCGUCUGUCAGCCUAUUGGGUGCGCCAAUAUUUCCUGAGGGUGUCAGUUCUGCUCUUCAAACAAAAAGACUGGCACUUUUAGCUGCACGGGAACAUUUGUCGCAUCUGUCGGCUCAUGUGGCGCUCGUCUUGUUGCGGAAUUGUUUAGGGAUGCCCCGAAUGACUUAUAUAUUGAGGACAUCUCCCACGUGGCUUUUUGAGCGAGACGUGGCCCUUGUAGAUGAUGUACUCGGAGUUACGCUGGAGGUAGUGCUAAACAUAAGUCUUACUCUACCACAGUGGUGUCAAGCUGCACUUCCCAUUAGGCAUGGUGGACUUGGAGUGCGUCGAGUGCAAGAUGUGGGGUUUGUGGCGUUUCUGGCUUCGUCUUAUGGCUCUGCGGAUCUCGUUGCUCGCAUUUUAGCUCAAAAUGGCAGCGGUAUUCGCAUACCAUUCCAAGCAGAAGCUCUUACCUGGUGGUCAAGUCUUUGCCCAAGCGACGAGCACCCGGAUAAUCCUAGUUUGCAGAGAAAUUGGGACGACGUUCUAUGCAAACGAAGGUAUAGUUCCUUGUUGGAGGGUGCUUCGGGUGCCGAUGUGGCCCGUCUGAGAGCGGUCGCUAAAUCAGAAUCGGGAGCGUGGUUACAUGCUUUGCCAUCUCCCCAGUUGGGUACUUUGCUCGACAACACAUCUUUGAGGAUAGCAGUAGCACUGAGAUUGGGAAGCAAGGUUUGUGAACCACAGCGCUGUGUGUGUGGGGCUAUGGUGAGGGAGGACGGACACCACGGUUUGAGCUGCCAAAGGUGUGCGGGUCGUUUUCCCAGACACCAUGCCAUUAAUGACAUUGUGCGACGGGCGAUGGUGUCGGCUAAUGUCCCUUGCGUGCUCGAGCCCCCGGGCCUGAGUCGAAUAGAUGGUAAAAGGCCGGACG